AAACCGGUAACGUUAGCCAAAUCAAACACAGCGAGCGCUUCAAGAGGUUAAAUUCACUUUGUAUUUCAUUUCAUCUUGAGCUGCAAACUGUUACCAAAAAAACAACGAAGAAGAAGAAGACGAAGAAACAAGAAGUAACAUACAUGCUCGUUCACAACAAGUGAAAUAAACCUCAUUCUUCAUAUGCUUACACACCGACAUACAGCGGAAUUAAUGAAAAGUCAUAAAACUACUUCCGAACUUCUUGCAGUUUAGCAAUACACAAACACACUCGUUGACGCUGCUUGGUUAAAGACCAGAGGAAGAAGAAAAUUCAGAAACAGAAAUAUCGGUCAAAUUGCUCCGUGGCAGCAUGAACAUAAAAUUGAACCAAAAGCCGACGAAAGCAGAGCAAUUCGAAUGAGUAAUGGUUACAGAAUUUUUCAACAACUGCUAAGUAGUGAAAUUUCUAUACCCGCAUAUUCCAAUAUUCUGCCAACAAAGAAGUUGAAAGACACUGUUCCACUGUGGAAAUAAAAAUCAAAUAAAACUGUAUGAUGUGAAAGAGUGUUCCUCCUUGAAUCGCUUUUGUUUUAUGCUCAGUUCGAUUGGCAUUCUUUGUUUUAAACACAACAAGAAUAAAUAACCAACAUCCUCAACCAAAAAACGAAAAGGCGAAAGGAAAUCCUUUUAAACAAAUAAAGUUUCGAAUAUUGAUGAAUUGCCUUGGCUCAGUUUUCAAUACAGCAACAACAAAAAUAAUAUAUACACACACAAACAAUCCAACAAAUCAGCAACCAAGCCCAAAGCCUGCAAGCGGAUCAGACAAAGGAAAAAACAUGAAAUGGUGCCGAGUGUGUGUCGUUGUUGAGCUCAAGUGUUUGUGCUGGCAAUGAAUUAGAAACCACAACAAACACACACACACCAACGUACAUAACUAGAAAGAAGGGGAAGAGAGAUCUAGAGAGAGAGGGAGAGAAUAAGGAAGAGAGACACCCAGAUUGGCAGUGGAUGUGGCAGAAGUAGCAGUAACAGCAGGAACAUUGAAACAUCCUAUCGAAGUCAGGACUAACCGCAUCGCAUCAACACCACCAAUCGACGUUUAAUCAAAGCAAUACCGACAACCGAAAUAAAAUUUCAAAUUUCCUUUCCCUGCGGUCCUCAAUCAUCAUCAGCCUACACAUUUAAGUAUUUGCCAAUCAAAUUCGAUUUAUAUUAAAAGAAAACAUUCUGGGACCUCCAGCGAAAGAAACUCACAAAGCAAUAUAAUUUUUUAAUUAAGUGAAACCCCCCCGAAAAAGAGAGACUUAUUUGAAAUUUAAACGAGUUUUCAUUAUUUAAACAAAUUAAAAAAUGAAAAUAUAACAAACAAAAAUAGAAACUAGAAAACUCUCACACACAUACACACGUAAAAAAAAAACUCCUCAAACCCCAACUAAGACUUAACAAAAGCGCACAAAACUUCUCCCGCAUCAUCGCCACCACAAUCACCACAAAACCGCAUAACAUUCUCCUGAUUAUCUGCCAGCCAGGGAUCUAUCCACACGUGCCAAGGAUAAGUACACAUCGCCAUAGUUCUGGAAACUGUACGCCACCUCCGUCGCCAUCAUCGUGCUCCUCCACUUCCACUUCCACCUCCUCGUUAGCAUCACCAGCAUCACCUCCAGCAACAUCAUUACAAACUGGCGUUCUUUCUAAAUAUAAUGUGGAGCACUAUUUCGCCGACAAAUUCGAAGAAACUUUUAAUUGGCAGCACACGCAGCGUUGACUAUGUCGGUGAUAACUCCACAACGAAAUCAACAAAGAUAUCGAUCGCAAUGGAAAUUCAUAUACAAAACAAGUGCAUCUCAGCAUAGCGCAUCACUCUGGAGGGUGGUGCAGAGCCCCCAUGGCUACAGGGCCCCCUUAAAGCGGCAUUUUUGGGGGCCUCUGGCGUCGGCAAAACAAGCAUUUUACAGCAAUUUUUCUACCAUGACUUCCCCAAGACACAUCAGACCACAACCCGACGAAAAGUGUACAAAAGCUGUUUGGUAUGUGAUACCUGUAUUCGAGAGCUGAUGGUAAUCGAUGUUCCACCCCAGAAACGGUUUCCGGCGGAUAACUUUGCCGAGUGGAACAACGGCCAUCCACUGGGGUUGAGAACAGUUCAUGCCUACGUCUUGGUCUUCGACAUGGGAAACUUGGAAACAUUCCGGUAUUGCAGGUCGAUGAGAGAUCAAAUUUUGGACAGUUUUUGUCAUCGUGAUUUUAGUAUUAUUGUUGUUGGCAACAAAUAUGACACAAUCAAUGAAACACAGGCAAAUUCACAGGAACUUAAAGAUAUUUCAACCCUAGUACGGAAACAUUGGCGCUGUGGCUAUGUCGAAUGCUCCGCACAAUAUAACUACAAAAUCGGUGAUGUAUUUCGUGAACUAAUGGGUUGUACCAGUACGGGGGGCAGUGCCAUUGGCACUGAUUUCACACAAUCAAAUAGAAAUAAAGGACGUUGUACAAUACUCUAGCAAUGGCUGCAUAAGUUUUUUUAGUAACACAACAACAAACACAACAUCAACAAUAUUUUGAGGUAAUCAGCAACAACAACAGAACUAGAAAACAAACAAAUAAACAUGUGAAUUAAAAAAUAAAAACAGAUUAUAUUUAGAUGACAUUAGAAACAGCAAGCAAGAAAACAACAUUUAAUAUUAUAUAUUAGAUAUAUUGGAAAAUAUUGUUUUUAGACUAGUUUAUAUAUGAAAAAACAACAACAAAAACACAAUUAUUAAAACAAAAAAACAAAGCAAAACAAAUGCGUAAGGCCACUGUAAAAGUAACUCCAACUAUUUGAGUAAAUUUGCAAUACAAACAAAAAUGAGAAGUACUUUAUUAUUGCAUAAAGUAAAAAAACAAAAAUAAUUUAUUUUGUUAAAAAGAUUAAAUUUUAUUUUUUAAGUUAAUUUUUAUCGAAAGUGAAAAUACAAAAAUAGUAUUGAGGCUGGAAGCUAUGUAACAAAUGUAGAUGCCUAUUGUAGAAGUUUAUCAACAACUAAUGGACAAAUGGAAAAUAUUUGGCAAUAAUUUUGAAGGAAUAUCACAAGAUUUGUUUGUUAAUUUAUAUAACCACAAUUGGCAUGAUAAAGAAGCGAGGUAAAGGAGGAGGAGAAAAAAAAGCGCUAUGUUUAUUAUGUAUUAGAAUAUGUUUAUUAAAAUUAUCAUAUCCUACGUCACUAGGCAGAGGUCUUCAUUUUCACACAUUUGUGCCCCUAGUUGCAGGGGCAGAAGUUUAUUUAUUUAUGAGUCGGUGGUUUUUAGAAACUCUCAACUAUCGAUCUUUCUUUGGUCAAGUCCUAUGCGUGCUUUGAUAAUGGAUUUUGAACUCCGUGAGGCUGUCGUGUGUAACACUUCAGCGAUAGGUUUUUUAUGCUGUUUGGUGUUCAAUUUUAAAUGCAUGUCUUCAGACUGGGCGUCCAUUGAAGAGAAUAUGCCAACACAUGCCUUUCUACAUAGCUGAUAGUACAGUUUUUUUCCAAUGCACAGUGGUCCCACAUGUAUGGGAAGGUCUGAAAAAAAUGUUUCUAUAAAACUAAUCGAUCUGACUUUUUUAGAGUAGCUUCAUAAUGGUUAAAAAAUAAUGUAAUCACAAAAUUGUGAAAAUUGAUCCACGUUUAGUCCUCAUACAACAGUGCCCUCCGAUUUAAAGAAAUUUGAAGAUUUUAGGUACAUUUUCAAUUAAUGAACUGAAAAUUGGCAUCUGGUGUUCUUAAUAGAUACCUGCUGUCCUUGCAAAAUAAUGUUAAUAUGGGCCCACAAUUUUAUGUAGCUCCUAUAGAACCCUACCACUGAUUUUACUUCUUUAGAGUAUUUUUACCAUAUGUUCCGAUUUCUCGAUUUUGCCGAAAUUUGUCAUUUCUGUUUAGAAUAGGGAAAGAAGUUGAUGUGCCAAAAAAUGUCAUCAUUGAACUAAGGAUCAUGUUUUCUAUACAGCUCCCAUAGAACCCUACCCCCGAUUUUGGGAAUUUUUCAAGACUUUGGCCAAAAUUUUUUAACAGAUUUUUAUGUAAUUUGGCAUUUAGGAUUCGGUAUACAAUAUAUACCUACAAUUCAACAAAAAUUUGUCAAAAAUAUUUGUUCUUUUGUUUACCUCCCUUAUAAAUUACCUCCACAUUUGCCGUAUUUGAAAAAAUAAAGUAAUAUUUUGAAACGCUAGUAGGAUCCACAGAUGCAGAUAUAUGCCGCUGAAAUCAAUCACAUAGUGGUAAGAGAAGUAAUCAGAUUUAGAUAUAACUCCCAUAUAUAUUUUUAUACGAUAUCAGGUUUAUUAUGCUCCAAAUGGCUAAAAUCGUCCGAAAUGAACUGAAUUUUGGCGAUUCCGACCGAACUCAGUCUGGAAACAAGUACUUCAAAUUUGGUGAAAAUCGGUUCAGAUAUAGCUGUAGCUCUGGUAUAUAUGUUCUAUCCGAUUUCGGGGUUUAAGUCCCUCACAUGCGUAAUAUGCACUCCACAUGAAAGAUAUUUGGUACCAGAUAUCAAAUACAGCUUAGCCCCAUAUAUAUCUUCAUCCGAUUUCAGGUUUAUUAUGCACCAAAUACCUAAUAUCAGCUCAAAUGGACUGAAUUUUGGCACUUCCAACGACAUUAAGCCUAGAAGCAAGUAUUUCAAAUUUUGGUAAAAAUCCGUUCAGAUAUAUUUUUAUAUAUUUUCUAUAUCUAUAAAAGAGGAAAAUGUUUGUAUAUUUGUAAUUUAUGGACUCGAAGACCACUGAACAGAUUUUCCUGAAAAUGUAUACUACAACAUCGCCUGAAAGUAACAUAGGCUAUAUACAUUUUUGAAAUUCCACUUGGAACUGGAGAUAUUGCAUCAGAAUCAGAGGUACCUCCCAAAUAUUUAGAUUUUAAAUGUACAUAUCUAUUGAUAGAUUACAGAUACAGUCUCCAAAUUUGGAAUGCAUAACGAAAUUAGGAACAAAAAUAAAUUUUAAUCGGUUCAGAUUUGGAUAUAGCACCCAUAUAUUUUUUCCACCGAUUUCGUUUCUUUGAUACAACAAACACGGUACGUAUGUCCGAUAUAUACAUUUCGGCCGAUUUCAUGUAUAUUCUGCACCAAACACGAUAUGUAUGUCCGAUUUCAAAAAAUCCAGAAUGUUUGGCGGAAUUUUGUUCCAAUGAUAAAUUCGACAAAUUAAUUAGUAAUUGGUUAAGAUUUGGAUGUAGCUCCCAUGUAUAUUCUCGGCAGAUUUCAAAUAUUUGAUGCACCCAACACGGUAUGUACCUCCAAUUUCAAUGAAAUAUGGAAGGUGUGACGGAAUUUGGUGUAAAAGUAAAUUUUGUCAUUGUCAUAUUGAAAUCGGUUCAGAUUGGGAUAUGAUUUUAUUAAGAAGCAUUGCCUCAAAAUGCUUUUGUAAUGGUAUUAAGCUGACAGCUAAAAAAACCAAGCAACAAUUUAAUUGAGGAUAUGAUUAUUACGGGGAAAUAUGUUGCUACCUUGAAUUCUCUAAUUGCAACAGAAAUGCCACUCAACUUAAAAAGAUUGCAGUUUUCUGCACGCUUGGCAUUUGCUAUGAAAUUAAUAAAUACGAAGGACAAACCCUUCGUGUAUGCGGACUAAAUUUGGCACGUUCCGGCUUUUCUCAUGGUCAGCUGUUCCUAUUACGUUUUCUAAAUUUUUGAGUUUGUCUUAUUUUUUAAGCCAACAAAUAUUCGUAUAUAAAAUUUUGAAUGCGUAUCAAAUCAAAAGGGGUAGCGAAGCGCACCGGGUUCAGCUAACAUUUAGUGUAAUUUAAUUUUUGAACUAACUAUACUUCAAAUAGUACUUCAAAUUUCUCCAAAAUCAUAAUAUAAAUAAUUCAACAUUCUCGGCUUUGGAUUGUCAAAUGCGGGUUUAAAGGUAAAAAUUAUUGUUAUUAUUAAAAUUUGAUAUCUCAAGAGAAUAUUCACAGCGCUAAAAUUAAAAUUUGUUGUAUUUAGGUUUUUGAUUUUUAUCAUGGUUUGGAACCACUGUGCAAUGACUUAGUAUUAGACUUCUUUAGAGAAUAUUCGUGUCACUUCCCAGAGGGUUUAAUUGAUUUAAUUUACGUUUUUGCACAUAAACCUUUUCAUCUUUUGCCCACACCCCUCCUCGUUACUAUAAACAGUAAACAAAAUAUUAUAAAGUAAUAUAAAUGACAAAAUAUUAAAAAGUUCAAUAAAAUAUUAAAUCAAUAUAUCCCACCAUUGUUUACAAUAUUUAUUCCAACGAUUUUGUGGUUCUUUAGAAUGAGAAUAAAUUACCAAAUCCAACUCGAUAUCCAUUCUUGUGUUUAAUAUUGAAAAAUUGUGAAGCAAUAAUCCCUUCAUAUAACAAAAAUAAUGAUAAUAUUUAAUAUGAAAUUUUUAAAGGAAUAGCAAAAUUAACAUCUAAGAAUUUAGGCUUGUACAUGAACAAUGAUAAUAAAUAAUAUUAAAUAUUUACAAAACAAAAUUGAAAAAUAAAUAAAUUAAAAAAAAAAAUAACAUAAAAAUGUUAAACAAGUUGUGAUCAUUCAAAAUUAUUGUAAACUACAAAGGUUUAUGGUGAAACAGGAAAAAUAUUUAAAAAUUAUUGUUAUGAAUUUUAAUUUCGAUAAAUAAUGAAAAAUUCAAGAAUUCAGAAGAAAAAAACUUCAAAUGGGUUUGCUACAACGAUUUUAUUCUAAAGUUGUGUCAAUAUGGUUCAUAAUUAUGUACACCAGUUUCUAAACGUAUAAGUGAUUUAAAAUAUUUCAUAUCACUCAUACGCAGUGUUUUCUUGAUAAGAAAAUAGUUCGUUCGAUCGAACUAGAUUGGCACAACUCAACUUUAUUCAACAUUGUUCUUUGGGGCGUAUGACGCAUUAUAUUCCUUUUACGUGGUCGAAAAAUCAUACGCCACCAUGGCACUUAUAUUUUUUUCUCAAAUUAAUGAAUACCUGUCUCACCAACGUUCUUUUGUAAAUCUAUGAGAUAAAUAAAAAAAACUAUUUAACGCACAAAAUGUAAAUUGAAAUAAAUGAAAAUUACAACAAUUCAUACAUUGAUCACUCCCAUUGCAAAAAAGGUUGAUAGGUUAGUUGACAUUCUAAGAUACAUAAUUACAUACAACAUAGCUAGUAGUGAUUUAUGAAGCAUAUAUAUAUUUAUUUAAAAUACAUACAUAAGGUACAUACAUAACGGAUAUAUUAGAUAUACUUAAUAAAUUUUGAAAGCCUUUUGAAACAAUAAAAUAAAUAAUAAAACCCAUUAUGAUUUGAACUUUGAA